GAACACAUCGAAUUUCCCUAAAGAAUAAAGCAAGAGUCCACUAAUCAACGAAGCAGAGAAUUCUCCUCUAAGGCUCUAACCUAUUUAUCUGGUCGCGACCUCACACCAUUGGAGCUUCUUCUCUUCCGUUUCACCACCCUUUCCUUCUCCUUAAUUCCUAAUUCCAAAGAACAUAGCUUUUGAUUAAUCCGGAGACCUUUCGAUUGGGUAUUGGAUAUGGCAUCGAAGCGGAUUUUGAAGGAAUUGAAGGAUCUGCAGAAGGAUCCUCCUACUUCAUGUAGCGCAGGACCCGUCGCCGAAGACAUGUUUCAUUGGCAGGCCACGAUAAUGGGUCCAACAGACAGCCCUUAUGCUGGAGGUGUUUUCCUUGUAACGAUCCAUUUUCCUCCAGAUUAUCCAUUUACUCCUAAGGUGGCAUUUAGGACAAAGGUGUUCCAUCCAAACAUUAACAGCAAUGGGAGCAUCUGCCUCGACAUCUUGAAGGAGCAGUGGAGUCCAGCGCUCACAAUUUCCAAGGUGCUGCUAUCGAUCUGUUCGUUGUUGACGGAUCCAAACCCGGAUGAUCCUUUGGUCCCGGAGAUCGCUCACAUGUACAAGACAGACAAGAACAAGUACGAGUCUACUGCUCGGACCUGGACCCAAAAGUACGCCAUGGGCUGACACUGUUUAUUCAGGGCCCGCCGUGUGUUUAUCUUAUGGAUUUGGAAACAUGGGCCUAAGGCCUACUUUAAUAAAAUACAUUUCUAUAAAGCUUUUUUUUUCAUUAUAUUAUA